GGGGGGUAACUGGUACACACUCCAACAUGGAGGGUGGCGGUACUGCACAUUAACACUGGCUUCCAUCCGCCAAAAAAAAAACGAAGAGAAGAAGAAGCCGCUAACAUCCGGGGCCUGUACCGUUGGCUUCUCGGUAACUCGCCGCGGUAAACAAGCCCCGACUCUGAGCCCGACGAGCUACAGUGGAGCCUCAUUUCCAUGUUUAGCGCAUUGUGAAUAUAAGUGUGCACAUCACUGACCUAUCUGAUGUGAACGCAGAGUGAUAUAUAGCGCACACAAGUCUUCACAAGCGGAGAGAUUUGUUGUGUUUAGCCUGCUAGCGUGCUAGCAUUAGCUUAGCAGAGAGAAGAGCUCUCCGGCUGGACCCUAAAAAACCUGGAUGCGAUGUCGUUGGUGGACCUCGGGAAGCGUCUGCUGGAGGCCGCUCGGAAAGGUCAAGACGAUGAGGUCAGAAACCUGAUGGCCAACGGAGCUCCGUUCACCACCGACUGGUUGGGGACGUCCCCGCUCCACCUGGCUGCGCAGCACGGUCAUUACUCCACCGCCGAUGUCCUGCUGAGAGCCGGCGUCAGCAGAGAUGCCCGCACCAAAGUGGACAGGACCCCGCUGCACAUGGCCGCUGCUGAGGGACACAUGGUCAUUGUGGAGCUGCUGGUCCGGAGUGGAGCAGACAUCAAUGCCAAAGACAUGCUGAAGAUGACGGCGCUGCACUGGGCUGCACAGCACGGUCACCAUGGCGUUGCAGAGACGCUCAUUAAGCAUGGAGCAGAUGUGCACGCGCUCAGCAAGUUUGACAAGACGCCGUUUGACAUCGCCGUCGACAUCCAGAACACAGAGCUGAUGCUGCUGCUGCAGGAGGGCAUGCAGAACCAGGUGAACAUGAACCAGGUGAACAUGAACCAGGUGAGUAUGAAUGUAGAGACCAGCACUACUACCAACCAGCCGCAGUUCAUCAUCCAGGGAAUACCUGCCAUCCAGGGGGGAGUGGUAAACCUGGCCGAGUUGCUCAACAAGGCCAACGCAGGUGACUCAGAGGAAGCGAUGGCCGCCAGCGCUCUGGACUCCAACAUCCAGCACGCCACAGUCGUCAACGAGGGGGGUCAGAGGGUCAUCACCAUAGUGACAGACCAGCACGGCAACCUGCAGACCACAGGAGGGAUGGCGCCGCCGUUCUUUGUCACCAUGCAGCACGGACAGCAGAUGCUGGCGGUGCCGGCCAACACCGUGACAGAAGAGGUGGUGACGGAGGACCCUCAGCCUCCACCAUCCAGGAAGAGGAAGCUGGAGGUGACCAACAACCACAACGACACAGGAGAGACAGAGUUGUUGCAGAGGCAACUGCAGGAGGCCAACAGGAAGGCACAGGAGUACCGGCAGCAGCUGCUGCGUAAGGAGCAGGAGGCCGAGGAGUACCGCAUCAAGCUGGAGGCCAUGUCCCAAAGUCAGGCCAACAGCACCAAUGCCAACACUGCCACUGCCAAUGCCGCCGCCAACGCAGCCAGCCCUGAGGAGGUGGUUGGAGGGGAGGAGGACGAGGAGGAGGCUGCGGCCGGCAUGGUGGAAGAGGAGGGGGAGAUGGUGGUGCUACAGGAGGGAGGCAUCAUCAUGGAGGGGGAGGAGGGUCAGGUGACGCUGGUGGAGACAGGGGGAGAGACGACGGAGGUCAGCUCCUAACAGAGAGGAGGAGGUGAGGUUGAGAAGCGGGGGUAACACCGUCAGAAAGACAUAUCAUAACUGGAGGUGUUGGUUUCACAGCCGGAUGAUUUCAAGUGUGCACCAAUUUGAAUCCCCAAAAGGCAACGGAGAGGAGACACAAAAUGGCUUUUCAAAAACAUUAGGAGCAGGAAACGAUUGAAACCGACUAAACAAAGAAGACAGAGGAGUUUGAUCCUGCACCAUUUUGAAUCCUUCAAUGAUUCAAUACCACCACUUCAGAGAGGAAAACAAAAUGGUGAUACAGAGGAUAAAGACAGAUUGAUAAAAAUCUAAACAAGCAUGAUGGAGGAGUUUAGCCAUGCCCCAUUUUGAAUCCUGGAAAAAUUUGAUGAUGACACUUCAGAGAGGGAAAUGAAAUAGCUUCUCCAAAAGGACAAAACAGUGGGAAGAGACAGGUGAAAACAGACUAAACAAACAUGACUGAGGAGUUAUGUUAUGACUGAGUUCCUAUUUACACUCUAACUGAAUGCCUUCUUAAUUGGGAUGCAAAAUAGCUGCUGCAGAAAGGAAUGAGACUGGAUGAAUUGAUAAAAGAGAUGGAGACCAACUGAGGGGGAAGAAAGCGACAGUGUACUAACUUCUUUUGUUUUAGCUGCAGUCAGUGAUCCCAAAUCAAAUUAACAACAUGAGGGAAAGACGGUCCUCCUUAAACACAGCCAUGUCUGUUUCCUGAACAUUGCUUUAACGCGCCCCAUUUGACUCUGAGAGUUUUAGUUUUUCACUUUAACAUUUUUGUCCUUUUUUGUUAACACAGUUGGUUGUCCCCGUUAUAGCCCAUUUUUGUCCCUGUAUUUCUGUCAUGUUCAGUUUUUAUCAGCAGAUUGUUCAUCUGAUGCUUUCAUAACUCCAAAUUUUGAUAAAUUGGGACCACAUUAAACCUUUAUGAAACUCAGCUACUCACACCUCGCUGCAGCUUGCACCAUUUUGCUUCUCUGAAAGAGUACAGACAAAAUAAGGCCACGACUGUGAAGGCGAAGAAAAGGCACCUUUUUCAGGAUUCUUUGGACACUAAAAUAACUCUGAACUGCUUCCUACUUUUUUCAUAUUGUUACUGUUGUUCUUUAUAAUCAGUUUUGUUUUGGGAUGUGACGUCAUCACGUUUAAGAACUCACUUCACUAAAAAAACAAGAAUUAGAAUUUGCCUCCCUACAAAUGUAUCCCAAAGUGAGCGGGGAAGCCCAGAGGUUUCAGUGGAUCUCUUUUUGAAGCAAAGGGAACCAUUUUGUGAUAAAAUGCUAAUGUUCUCAGCUUUUCUGCUUCUGGUCACUCCUCAAUGAGCUUGUUAAUGUUUGAAUACAGAAAAAGUCGUCUUUUUUCCUGGAUUGACUUUGAUUGUCAUAGAUCCAAGAGCUGAACCAGAUCCAUCACAGAAACGUUUGAUUUUCUCAGAUUAUUAUCAAAACCAGCUGUUUCCUGUUAUCAGGUGGUUGUAAGCUUGUUGCUGCAGCUCAUGAUUGUUUUCAUUAUCAGUUAUUUUACAGAUUCUCAGAAAGGUUCCUAUCGGUUUCUUCAAAUGUCCAAAACUGUCAAUUGUCAAACUGUCAUAGAAGAGUUUAAAAAACAAGAGAUUCACAUUUAAGAACCUGUAACUCAUUUAAUUUUUUGCAUUUUUGAUUAAAAGAAUUAUUGCCAUUUAACAACUUUUUCCUGUGAACAAUCAUCAGCUGUGGAACUCUUUAUAAAUUCAUGUGAACGUAUUGAUUUUCAGGACGUCCUUCUGGUCUCAUGGUCCUUUUAAAGGUUAUUCUGCAUAUUUUUAUCCCUUUAAAUACAUAUUUACAUUCCUGUUGAACAUCAGGUUUUAGGCUUGACUUCCUUCCCUCCAGGCUGCUGUCAGUUUUUGUUUAUUUUUGUAAAUUUUGCAGUGAUUUAGUCAUCUUUAUUUUUUGGUCAGAGUUAAUGGUGUAGUGAUGCAAUUGAAAACUAGUGUGCAAACUGUCUGUGUUGGUGAGUUCAGUGAUGCUCCGAUAACUGAAAUACGGAAGUUGACUGCUGAACAGCCACUUUUUAAAGCUCCACUGUGCAGGAGUUAGGGGGAUGUAUUGGCCGAAAUGGAAUAUUAUAUAAGUAUGUUUCCUUUAGUGUAUAAUCACAUGAAAAUAAGAACUGUUGUGUUUUUGCUACCUUAGAAUGAGCCAUUUAUAUCUGCAUAGGGAGCAGGUCCUCGUGGAGAUCACAUGUUGCUCCACCAUGUUUCUACAGUAGCCUAGAACAGACAAUCUGAUCACUGGCUCUAGAUAGGGACAUUUGCAUUUUUGCGUACAUAGUAAGAAGCCAAACUGCAAUAAGCAGCACCAGAGGUACACUGAUUUGUAACAUGAAACUGCUUUAUUCAGUGUUUCUACCAUUUUAAAUCAACUGGUCUGUUUGAGAAGAGACCCCCAGAGAUGAUUAAGCUCCUGGUAGAAACCUCCUGAACAAUGAAAACUGAAGAAAUUCUAACCAGGAGAAAUUUCAGCUAGUUGCAAGAUCCCACCAAAUCCCCCUAAAUCUUACACACUUCACCUUUAAUUCCCUCCAAAAAUGACCAAACUGGCACCUCAGAGGUGCAGUGUGUAGGAUUUAGUGGCAUCCAGUGGUGAUGCCAUUAAAUCUAUGUGUGCAGGAGAAUUAUGGUGGCCCAUGUGAAAUCGUGCCCUAAAUAGAGCCAGUGUUUGGUUUGUUUGUUCUGAGUUACUGUAGAACAACAUAGCGGACUAAAUGGAAAAGGACCCGCUCCCUGUGUAGAUACAAAGGGCUCAUUCUAAGGUGAUGCUAACACUACUAUUUUUUAGUUUCAGGUGAUUAUAAAUGAAUUAAAACAUGGUUAUGUAUAUUAUAUUCAAUUUCUGCAAAUAGAUGCCCCUAAAUUCAACACACUGGACCUUAAAGUUCGGUCAUGUCCACGCUCCAAGUUCUGUCAUGUAUACAGAAGACUGUAUCAGCCACCUGUGUGUCAGUGCUUGUGGUAAUUUGAUAAAAAACCUUAAAAUGUGUUAAUGUGCAGCACAUAAGCCAGUGUAAUCUGACAUAAUUUAGGAGUUAUUAGUAUAAGUGAGGCCACUCUACAAGGAUAGAAUUAACUCAUAAUGGAGGACUCCUCUUAGUUGUUGUUGUACUUGAUUGGUGCAAAUAAGCAUUUGUCAUAUCAACAAAACAAACGUGGAUGCAAGUGAAUAUUUGUAGGCAGUAAAUGCCCCAUGCCUUUUGUCUGUGUGUGUAGACAAAGUGGUGUUUCUAGAUGAUGAUAACAAGCUUUUCAAAUUCAGUACUUUCUUUUGCUAUAUAAUGUAACUUUAACAGAAAAAAAGUUCUUCAUCUAAACAUUAGCCGUGAGGAAUAGCUGUCUGCAGUCGGCUGAGGAAAGAAAUCCAGAUAAAAUCUGUUGGAUGUUUUCUAAAAUAUAAAAUCAGUCUGUAGUUGGAGAUGAAACUUCUAAAGUCAUCAGUGUUGUCUUUAAAAAGCUUCUCCCGGCUCUGGUUUUAUUGUGUUUCCUGUCCUAGUUCAGUCCCACUGUAUAAAAUCAGUUAUUGAUUACCACCUAUCAGCCGAUAGGCUCACCUGUAUGGGCUCAGCAGCCCGUCAUGUUCCUUCCUGUCACUGAUUGGUGAUUGAUUUGAGUUGAGUAUGAUAGUUAUUUUUAUAAGCUCAGCAAAGCCAACCUUUUUCUAUGUACAUAUAAAGUUGUAUUUUUUUAACUGUACCCGAAUGCUUCACCGUGAUGAUGACGACAAUGAUGAUGAUGAUGAUAUUGAUGAUGGCUGUCUGCUUUGGUAAUCUGAAAUAUAAACACUUGGUUUUUUUUUAA